AUGUAUAUUAAGUUUUUAAUUUUAGGCUGUUAUUUUGCUCUGAUUUCAGUUUACUGGAAUGCAUAUAGUUCCUCCGGAGCUGAUUUCAAUUAUAACUGCACAAACUGUUGGUAUGGCUGUGACCACUCCUCAGGCAAUUGUUCGGGUCAGUGCGCCCAUGGAUUUUUCGGUCCAAAGUGUGAACAGAAAUGCCCACAGUGCCUUGACUGUGAUAAACUCAACGGUGAUUGUGUUUCCUGUCAUGAUCGACAUUAUGGGAAGAGCUGUGAAUUUAAGUGUAAUGAAAACUGCAUGGUGGGGUGCAGAAUUUCCGGAGAUUGUUAUAAAUGUAACGAAGGAUUUUAUGGAAUGACUUGUAAUAUGACAUGUCCAUCACCAAAUUGCCGAAAUGGGUGUGAAAGACACACUGGGAACUGUACAGGUUGGGGAUGUAAUGCAGGGUUUUGGGGUACAAUGUGCAACAAGACUUGCCCACAGAACUGUGGGUUUACUUCUUGUCAUCAAAAAGACGGAACGUGUCAGACUUGUAAAGAUGGAUACAGCGGUAACACUUGCAAGGAAAGAUGUAAUUAUGAGCACUGUAGCUUAUGUCAGUUUGACGUCACAACUUGUUUUAAUUGCUACCACGGUUGGUGGGGAGAACACUGUGAUAAACAAUGCACUGAUCACUGCAGUCACCCAUAUUGUUCACAACAUACAGGGAAGUGUGGGAAAUGUGACAACGGUUAUCACGGCCCUUAUUGUGAAGGAACGUGCAAAAAUGUCUGUGAAACGUGUUCGGAUAACAAUACUUGUGAUUCAUGUAAAACAGGAUUUUAUGGGGAAGACUGUAAGCUAAGGUGUCCAGAAAGGUGUACCGAUUGUGAACGCGAUGGGAAAUGUAAGGUAUGUAAUUUUGGAUAUUUCGGAGAAGAUUGUAGAUGUGAAAUAUCACAAUGUGGAAGUAACAAAAACAGUUUUUGUUCAAGUUGCAAAAAUGAGACAAAUUGGUAUCCCCAAGAAAAGGGCUGCUGUCCAUGUAGUGAUCACUGCAGUUCGAAUUCUGGUGAUCUUCUGUGUAAUGAAACUGGUUGUUUCAACGGAUGUGAAGAUGGAUAUAUUAGCAAGCAAUGUUUGGAAUCUUGUAGUGAUCACUGUUUAGAAGGUGUUAAAGAAACAUGUAACAACGAAUCUGGAGAAUGCCAAAACGGUUGUAAAAAAGGCUGGCAUUUACCACACUGUGAUUUUAGUUGUAGUUUACAUUUUCCUCACUGCAGUUCAUGUAAAGAAUAUACAGACAAUAAAAAUAAGCCAUAUGUUGUUUGCGAAACCUGUAAAUUAGGUUAUUAUAAGGAAUUAUAUUCAGGCCUGUGUAAGCCUUGUGAACACUGCCAAGGUGGAGACAUGUGUGAUGGUACUACUGGUUACUGUAAAUGGGGUUGUCAGAGAGGAUGGUUCGCCAAACGUGAACGUUACCUGUGUGAAAAUCCAUGUCCAGACAACUGUACCGGUGGAAUCUGCGAGGAAAUUGGCGGUAAAUGCAAGUCUGGGUGUCGGCCGGGAUCGUAUGGUCCUUAUUGUCUGAUUCUCUGUCCAGACGGCUGUUUGAAUAGCACGUGUGAGUUUGGAAGUGGGAAAUGUGUGUUAGGUUGUGUUCCCGGACAACACGGUGCUUAUUGUAACGAGAGUUGUAACGCUCAGUGUGGGGUUAAAGGUUGUAGACAAGACGACGGUUUGUGCAAAGAUUGUAUUCGGGAAUAUUAUGGAGACCUGUGUUCUGAGCCCUGUAGCUCUCAUUGCCUGGGUAAAUUAUGUAACCAGACAGGGUUUUGUUCAGCAGGGUGUGUCCCAGGUUGGACUGGACUACUUUGUGAAGUGACCAUCGUUCUGGCCACACUUCUAGCCAUUGCAGUGAUCCUAGUAUUCAUUCUUGCUCUUAUGUUAUGGCGGAGUCGGCGGUAA